AUGAACGCCGUGCUUGCAGACUUUCAGUCGUCCUUGGCAGCCGCAAAGUCGACAUCAGCGUAUGAGCGCAGCCGCAGCGAGUUUGUGCCAUCAAGUGCUGCUGAUGUAUCGGGAGAUAAAGUAUGGGAGCUUCCAAUACCUCGUUGUCGUGCAUGUGUUUGGCGAGUCGCGCAAAGUCUAACCAAACAGGAUAAUCAAUCACGUGCGUCUCGCGGUUCACGGCAAACUUCUCACCAAUGA